UGGCCGUGUGCAGCGUGUCGGCUCCCGCAGCCAUUGCAGCAGCUCAGAGAGGUCUCUGCCUGAGUGUCACGGCGCAGGCUCGCUGUAGCGCAGCCGCUCUGAGUUAACAAUGGAGGAUCAUACUGUUACCCAAACGGAUAACCUGACUACCAUUGAAGCCCAUACAGUUGCUCACACUGUGGCUCAGCAAGUACAACAAGUCCAUGUUGCCACAUACACAGACCACAGUAUGCUAAGUGCUGAUGAAGAUUCUCCAUCAUCUCCAGAGGAUACUUCUUACGAUGACUCGGAUAUUCUCAACUCCACUGCAGCUGAUGAGAUAACUGCCCAUCUGGCAGCUGCAGGCCCUGUGGGGAUGGCGGCUGCUGCUGCCGUGGCAACAGGAAAGAAACGUAAGAGACCUCACAUCUUUGAGUCUAACCCAUCCAUACGCAAAAGACAGCAAACGCGGCUACUUAGAAAGCUGCGAGCGACUUUGGAUGAGUAUACCACCAGAGUGGGUCAGCAAGCCAUCGUCCUGUGCAUCUCCCCUUCCAAACCCAACCCAGUUUUUAAAGUAUUUGGGGCAGCACCUCUGGAGAAUGUGGUUCGCAAGUAUAAGAGUAUGAUCCUGGAAGACCUUGAAACUGCACUGGCGGAGCAUGCGCCUGUCCAACAGGAUAUCAACUCUGACCUGCCUCCUCUGACUAUUGACGGCAUUCCAGUGUCUGUGGAUAAGAUGACACAGGCUCAGUUGCGUGCGUUCAUCCCAGAGAUGCUGAAGUACUCCACAGGACGAGGUAAACCAGGCUGGGGAAAGGAGAGUUGUAAACCCAUCUGGUGGCCUGAUGACAUACCAUGGGCUAAUGUUCGCAGUGAUGUCCGCACGGAAGAGCAGAAACAGAGGGUUUCUUGGACACAAGCAUUGCGAACGAUAGUAAAGAACUGUUACAAACAACAUGGGAGAGAAGAUCUUUUAUAUGCAUUUGAAGAUCAGCAGACACAUCAUGUGACAACAGCGCAUAGCAUUGCACAUCUGGUGCCCUCACAGACAGUGGUACAGACUAUAAGCAACCCAGAUGGUACAGUGUCCCUUAUUCAGGUUGGUACAGGCGCCACAGUUGCCACGCUUGCAGAUGCAUCAGAGCUACCAACUACAGUCACUGUUGCACAAGUGAAUUAUUCCACAGUCAGUGAUGGAGAGGUAGAACAGAAUUGGGCAACACUCCAGGGUGGAGAGAUGACCAUACAGACAACACAAGCAUCUGAAGCCACACAAGCUGUUGCUUCUCUAGCAGAAGCAGCUGUUGCUGCAUCACAUGAAAUUGCCCCUGGAGCUACGGUGACCAUGGCACUAAAUAGCUUGUCUAACUACAGUGAAGCAGCGGCUCAUGCGGUAGCUACCUUAGCAGAAGCCACACUACAAGGAGGAGGACAGAUUGUCUUGUCAGGAGAGACUGCAGCAGCUGUUGGAGCGUUGACUGGAGUUCAGGAUGCUAAUGAGUGCCCAGUCUCCUGCGGAGCCCGCUAUUCCCCAUGGUCCUUACGGAGUCCCCAGCAUCCACUACAGACUACGAGAAAUAGAAUUACCGGUAUAGUUCAGAUCCCUGUCAGCAUGUACCAGACGGUGGUGACCAGUCUGACGCAGGGUAACGGACCUGUACAAGUUGCCAUGGCGCCGGUCACUGCCAGAAUAUCUGACUCUACAGUCACAGUGGACGGUCAGGCAGUGGAGGUGGUUACUUUGGAACAGUGACUAUGUCGCCAAGGAGUUGUGAUAUAAUUUCUUGUCUUGCUCGUGAUUCCCGUGUUUUCAGGAGGAGUGAUUAUGGGCAUCUGCCAAUCUUGUCAUUGCUUGGAUCCCUGUGACGUUGUAGAGGUCUCCAGUAUGCAAGAUUAACUUUUUCUACCCCUUUACCUACCCCCCAAAAAACUUUUGGUUUUGCUCAUGUACUGGUCUCAAUAUUUUUCUUCAAGCAUUUAAUUUAUUUCAAUAAAAUACAUCAAGUGCAUUUGUUUGGGCAUUCAGAGCAAUGUGGAAGAAUUCCUGGAUGGCAUUUUGCUUCUAUAUGGACAGCUUUACACCAUCAAAGUUAACUGGCAACAUGACAAACAACUUUGUAAGCAAAGACUUUACUGGUUUUAUUGUGCCCGUUUGUUGGACUAAAUGUUUAUGUAAGGCUUAAAAUCCAUGAGACUGUUUUGCAUUCACUGUUCCCUCCAACAACUAAGGCGCAACUGGUUUUGCUGCAGGUUUAGACAAUACAAGCAGUGGCGUUCUUAUUUAGAAUAUUGGUUUGUGUCAACAAGCAAUCUCGUGGUCACAAGUUGCUGAAUGUAAAAUCACGCCAUACUCUUCAACCUACUGGAAUUUUGUGUACUUUUCCUAAUUCUGGGGUGAAAACUUCUAAGUGUACAGUAUUUGCUCACUCUAAAUGUCAAUUAAAUUGCACGACUUUCACAGAGCAUCUCAAUCACACACUGUAGUAGUAGUAAAUGCUGGCCCGUAUGAACAUUGCUUAGCGAGGAAAUUGUCAGAUUAAUAUCUUUUCAAUUGUAUAAUACUUGUAUCUGGUGAGAGUUCUAUUUAAACAACGUCUCUGUUACAUAAUCCUUGGAUAUAGACUUGAACAUACAGUAUAGGCAAGUGUUCUCAGAACAUUGUAUUGGUGGAUAGAAGUAAAUCCUGCAAUUGUUUGUGCUCUUUGGCUGUUAUGUGUUGAUUCUCAUAUAGUAGAACACGGAGCACAUUUGUGUGAGGGCCUCUGUGAUCCUUAUUAUUUUGUUAUUACUGCUGCUGGUAUGCUAUCAAUGGCUACCAUGCCCAUUUGUUAUAUUUUAUUACAUCAAAACGAUUAUUUUAUUUUUUUAUUGAAAUUACAUUAACCAUCUAUCGUCCAUAUCAACAUGGUUUAAACUUUUAUCCAUUUAAAUCUGUACUAUUAUGAGAGGUUGGAAAUUAUUUCCCUAGCUGAAAAGCUGGUUUGAGAGAUAAAUAUUGCAGUCUGUCAGCCAUAGUAAUUCCCUUUAACAAAACAGUAUACACUUAAAACAUGAUCUGUUGGUGCUAUUUAAGGAGAGGGCUAUAAAAUAUUAUUCUAGCCAUUUCUUUGAGAGCGAUCAUUUUCCUACACUGUCCUGACCCUCUGACUGAAAUGGGAUGUAUACAAUUUAAUUGUUGUUAUUUGUACAUAUACAUUACUGGUGAUUAAUUAUGUUUGCUAUCUCCUGCACUGCCAAAGAGAUGCUUUGUUUAUAAUGGAACAUGACCUUUCUCUGUUGUUUUUCAGGGAUUUCCAGAUUCCUGGGGGUAUAUUUACUACAGUGCAGCUUUACAGAAGUGGAGAUCUUGCCCAUAGCAACCAAUCAGAUUCUAUCUAUUAUCUACUAGAAGGUGCUAGAUAAAUAAGUUGAAUCUGAUUGGUUGCUAUGGACAACAUCUCAACUUCUAAAAACACACACACUUUAGUAAAUAUACCCCUAAGGAUCUGUUUGCCCAAUUUAGCUUUGUCUUUGGCCAUGAUUUUCUGCUUAUGGGCCCUACACACUGGCAGAUUUGCCGUCGAGAUGUCCGAUGGCCAAUACGCCUGACAGCCGACCCGGGGGUGGAUGAGGUGAUGGGGGCGUGAAGUUUCUUUACUCCCCCCGUCACCCGGUUCCAUAGCAAUGCAUGCUAAUAUGGACGAGAUUGUCCAUUUUGGCAUACAUGUAUAAACGGCCCGGCACCAACGAUGAACGAGCGCGGGGCCGCACAUCCUUCAUCGUUGGUGCCUGCACACUGAACGAUAUGAACGAUAUCUCGUUUAUAUCUUUCAUUGUAAUCGCUAAGUGUGUAGGGCCCUUUAGUUUCAUGUAUGACCAAGAGGAGAUUGCAAAGUAAACAUCAGCACAUGGAAUAUGCUGCUGCUUUUUACGUAAGGUCUUUGUUACCCUUUCAAUACACUUUAUUUUUUGUUUUGAUUUUAGAUCUAAACUUUAGAACUGGUUUACAAUGUUCAGUGUAUGUUUUUAUCUUUCUAUGAUGUCUUUUAAAUUUUGAAUCAUGACUUAAGACUUACAUGUUGAUGUUAGUAGAGAUCAUUGUAUGAAGGUAAUAAACGCAAGUUGUUUUAAUACUCCAUGAUUUCCCAUCCAUCAGCAGAGACUUGCUGCAGUGUGGCUGUGAUGCAAUGUGAGGUCAGAUAGGGUCAACUGUCCAGCCUAGACUGUCCAGGGCUGCACAGUUUGUGAUUUAAAGCUCACAAUGUAUUUCUGUGUGUAAAAUGCUAAUACUACUCAGUAAUUGUGGUAACUUUAAAGGAUGCUAUGUGAGAGAAAUCCCAUCCAUGCUUUGUUCCUAAAACCGACCCAGAUAAGUUCUUAUCAUGCUUGAGCAAACUUUGUAUAUUAUUAUUAUUAUUGUUUGUUUGUUUGUUUGGGAUGGGGUGGGGGGAACAGGGCAGAGUUUUAUUUUCUAUUUCUUUGUUUCCUUCCAUUUGUUUGUGCCCUUGGAAAUCUAUCCCACUCCAGCAGAUACAGCAGUGUUGAAGAGUGUUACCACCAGGGUUUUAGGAACAUUCUGUACCUCUCAGUAACUCUGGUGUUUAUGUACAUUGUUACCUGUAUAGCAAAUGUUUCUUUGUUUCAUAAAUUGUAUGUGGUUUAGAGAAACAUUUAUAUAUAGGAUUAUAGCUUAAAACUGCAACACAGUUGUUUUACUGAAAAAAAAAUCUGCAAUGAAAAAGGAGUUACCAUGACAUGAUUUCCAGUUUCCCAUUCUCUCAGUGUGCGCUACAUUGAGCAAAUAAACUGUUGAACAUA